AUGGCGGAAAGCGGCAGCCUGACCAAGGUGCAGCGGCGGGGCCUGGUGGCGGGUCCCGACUUCAGGACGUUCCAGCGCCAGUACUUCACGCCCGACGAGGUGGCGGAGCACAACCAGCCGUCGGACCUGUGGGUGUCGUACUUGGGUUACGUGUACGACCUGACGCCGCUGGCCCACCAGUUCCGCGGGGACCUGCUGAUGAAGCCCAUCCUGGAGGUGGCCGGCCAGGACAUCAGCCACUGGUUCGACCCGGUCACCAAGGACCUGCGCAGGCACGUGGACCCGCUGACGGGCUGCCCGCGCUACCGCACCCCGCGGGGCCGCUUCCUGCACGUGCCGCCGCCGCUGCCGCGCUCCGACUGGGCCAACGACUUCGGCUGGCCGUGGUGGAAGGAUGCGCGCUUCCGCGUGGGCAAGCUGUCGGCCAAGACGCGCGCCGUGCGCAUCGUCAACACGCUCACCGGGCAGGAGCACACGCUGCAGGUGGGCGCGCUCGAGUCCAUGUGGGAGAUCAUGCACCGCUACCUGCCCUACAACGUGCACGCCGCCAGCUACACGUGGAAGUACGAAGGCAGGAACCUGGACAUGAAACUGACCCUGGAGGGAAACGGGAUCCUGGACGAGGACGAGGAGUUUGACUUCCUCAACCUGGACGGCUCGCUCCACACGCCGGCCGUCCUGAUCUACUUCAAUGAUGACCUCACCGAGCUGUAG